UUUACUAGGUUGUUUGUGUGCUAUCCUUCUUGUUUAAAAUGGCCGGUAGACUCGAUGCGAAAGUGUACGAUGUUUGUAAGUGAAAUAUAAAAGAACUACGCGUUUUGACAAAAAUGUGUAAAUGAUAUCAUACAAUAAAUAGUAAAAAUAUGCGUAUUUAAUCGUUAAAAACGCUUGUUGACGUUAACGCUGGCUGUUGCGAUCGUCCGAAGUAGUUAAAGUGUCCGGUGUGGCGCCAUGUUCGCGUGCCAAGCCCAAGGGUUUGUUAAUUUAAAUGUAUUUUUAUUUGCUUUUCUACUCAAACUUUCCGUUUGUACUAUCGGAACUUCAAUAGAGUUUCCGCCUGAUAACGAUGAAUUGAUUACAACGAUUGAAGUAUUAGAAGUUGACGAUCCUAACGCCUUAAAUUACGGCGCUAACGUUACAAUUAUUUGCAAAACGAAGAUAUUAUCUAGCUCUAUGUGGUGGACUUUUAAUGAAAAUAAUGUUAGUAGAGAUGAUGGGUACAUAGUCGAUAGAGAAAGUGAAAAUAUAAACAAAGAAUUAGCACAAAAACAAGAAGUAUCCUUCUUACAUAUCUUAGGAGUAAGUUUAAAACACGUUGGAAAUUACAAAUGUCACGCAAUGAAUAAAACGGAAAUUGAUUUUGAUCAGAUCGUAUUAAACGUAACUUUAGCGCCGCAAAUUUCAAUGUCGGAAAUAGUGAGAACGAAAAUACACGUAAACGUGAAGCUACAUUGUUUGGUGCUGGGUUAUCCGAUAACGGGAAUAAAUUGGUUCAAAGAUAAAUCGGCGUUAGAAGCGGAGGCAUAUAAAAUAAAAUUUGUGAACGAGACGUACGCGGAAUCGUUGUUAGAGGUGAGCAGUGUAACUAAGAAAGAUAACGGAACGUAUACUUGCAAGGCGCAAACGCCGUUUACAUCGAAACAAAAUGAAACCGCAAUUUUGGUGUUGGACAAACCCGUUUUAAAGUUGGAUUUUGUUAAAUCUAUCGGUAAAUCAAAAAUUUAUAUCAAUUGGACGAUGGAUGACGGGAACGAGCCGAAUAGUAUCAGAUACAGCAUAAGAUACAAAGAGGAUGGCAAUGAAAAUUGGGUUUAUUAUCAACAAGAAAUAAAAGCUGAAUAUCGCGAGCAUAUUCUUGAAGAUGUUACUUUAAAACCGAACGCCACAUACACAUUAAGAAUGGAAGCGAUAAAUAGUGAAGGAAGUAGCCCGUUUUCAGACAGCAAACCGAUUCGUAUUUUAACGGAAGACCCGGUUUUUACGCCGGAAGUAAAAGUGACUGGGGUCACUGUGAGUUCGAUUACUAUAUCAUGGACUGACCCUUCGCGCGAUCUCGGCGAAUACGUGCAAUUUUUCAAGUUAAAAUCUCGUCCAGACAAUAUGACCUCAAUUUCUGAAGCGGUCUCUCAUCUUCCAUCAAAAAAUCUUUACAUGUUCAAUAAUUUAGAUCCGGCUACCACGUAUAAUUUUCAAGUUUGCGCAUGUUGCGAGUAUUGCAACACCUGCGGACCAUGGUCGUUAGAAGUAAAUGGGACAACGAUGGAUGGUAUGGCUGGUCCAGUCACAAACGCUUCCGUUGAGUGUAAAUAUGAAAACGUAACCCAAAUGAGUUUUGUGUAUGUAAGUUGGAAACCGCCAUUAAAACGUCACGGCACCGUAGUAACAUACAAUGUAACAUUAGAAGGCAACGCUUCGUUUAUAAACGAUCGAGGAAUAUUAGAAUUAACAACUUGGAGACCAAAAGCACGCAGCAUCAACGAGAAUACUCUUAAUACUCGUUUUUAUAACGUUUCCGCGAAUACUAAUUACACCGUAACCGUUUCGGCUGUAACCAAAUCGAAGAAAUCCGGAGAUAAAGUGGAAUUAUUUUGUACGAUGCCGCCUACAAUUCCCGAUAAACAAAGAUUAUCCAGGUUUAAUUGGAGAAAAAUGGAGGAACAAGGUCGAUGGGUUUUUAAGUUAUUUAUGCCGAGAAUAUCAGAACGAAACGGACCAAUUUGUUGCUAUCGAAUUUAUCUAGUUCGAAUGGAAGCGCAUCAAAAAUUAGCUGAAUUACCAUCACCCGAUGAACUGGAAAUCGUGUCGUAUAACGAAGCUCAUCGAACUCCGAAAGGGGGAGCUUAUGUUGCGGAGAUGUUUACCAGUUCGAAUUUUCAUCCGGAAGUUUUUUUGGGCGAUGAUGAUGUUUAUAAUUUUACAAGCUCCUUAUGUGAUAAAUGCAUAGGACUUCGACCAUAUACUCUACGCAAAAAAGAUCGAAACAGUUAUUCAAAUAAUACGACUGUAAAUAGAACUCGAAGAUUUACUAAUUCUUUACCUCAGCCAUUACCGCCUCACGAUGGAUUAUUAGAUAUUAAUAGUAAUUACACUGGUUUUGUUGAGAUUAUAGUUGGAGGCGCUCAUUUAGGCACUGAAGAAGUAACAGCGGUUUAUAGCAAUUAUUUAAUGAUAUUAAAUCCAGGUCCUGAUGUUAUUACAGCACCAGUUUCCGGUUCUGUUGGAAUAGUUGUACAAAUUUUAUGUGGCUUACUCGUCGUUGCACUUCUUUUGGCUACAGCGUUAUGUCUUUUGCAUCAAUACACUAAACAAGCUCAUGCGCAAGCUGUUGAAAUGAUCACAUUCCGAACAUCUUUGCGAAAUCUCCGCGGUAGACAACGUUUAGUAUCGCUAAAUCCACCGGAUAUGUGCCCAAUAGGUAGCGAUGAAUUAGUAAGCGCUUAUAUGGAACGACAUCGCGAUUCCGAUUACGGUUUUCAACAAGAAUUUGAGCUUCUCCCCGACAGGUUUAGCGAUCGUACAACGAGAGCUUCUGAUGCCAGGGAAAAUGUUUACAAAAAUCGAUACCCAGAUAUAAAAGCUUACGAUCAAACUAGGGUGAAAUUAUUCCAAGUCGAUGGAAUAGCUGGUUCUGAUUAUAUUAACGCGAAUAUAGUGUUAGGUUAUAAAGAACGCAAAAAGUUUAUAUGCGCUCAAGGUCCCAUGGAUACAACCGUCGAUGAAUUUUGGAGAUUAAUUUGGGAACAACACCUAGAAAUGAUUUUGAUGUUAACCAAUUUAGAAGAGUACAGCAAAACUAAAUGUGCCAAAUAUUGGCCGGAUAGAUCCGAAGUCGAUAAAGUUUUUGGUGAUAUUUCAGUGACUCACGUCCAAGAAACUAGAUACUCAGAUUACAUCGUGCGAGAAUUAAAAAUAACAAGGGGUGGUUUAAAAGAUAGCGAAGAAAGAAAAAUUACUCAAUAUCAUUAUUUAGUAUGGAAAGAUUUCAUGGCGCCGGAACAUCCUCAUGGUAUCAUUAAAUUUAUUAAACGAAUGAACGAAGCUUAUUCCCCGGAAAAAGGACCAAUUUUAAUACAUUGCAGCGCAGGCGUUGGUAGAACGGGAACUCUCGUAGCUCUCGACUGUUUAUUACAACAAGUAAAAGAAGAAGGACAAGUAACGAUAUUUAACACUAUUUGUGAUUUGCGUCAUCAACGAAAUUUCCUCGUACAAUCGCUCAAACAAUACAUUUUCAUCUACAGAGCUUUAAUGGAAGUCGUACAAUACGGCGACACCGAAAUGACCGCGUCCGAUCUAAAAUCUUCCAUUGAGAAACUCAAAAAAGUCGAUAGAUCACGAUCAAAAAUGGAGGAUGAAUUUGAAAACAUUAAAAAUACAAUGGAAGAUCGGAAAUCGUGUAGUGUCGCGAGCGGUGAUGAAAAUCGCGAAAAAAAUCGUAGCGACACGGUGAUACCUUAUGAUAGAAACAGGGUUAUACUAACACCUCUCGCAGGGAGAGAACAUUCCACAUACAUUAAUGCGUCGUUUAUUGAAGGUUACGACAAUUCAGAAUCGUUUAUUAUCACUCAAGAUCCCGUUGAAUCGACCGUCGGCGAUUUCUGGAGGAUGAUUGCCGAACAAGGUAUCGGAGUUAUAGUUAUGUUAUCGGAAUUGGGCGAGAAUAAAUGUCCAAGAUAUUGGCCGGAAACUGAAACCGAAACGGUUUACGAACACAUCACCGUACGAUAUGUCCGAGCAGAAAGCUGUCCUUAUUACACUCGAAGAGAAUUUUUGGUCCGGACAAGAGAAGGAGACGAUUUAAGUGUUACCCAACUACAAUAUCACGGAUGGCCAACCGUUGAUGGAGAGGUUCCAGAAGUAACGCGUGGAUUAAUUGAGUUAGUCGAUUACGCUCACUCCACAGUGUCAUGUUUAUCAUCACCCUCACCAAUGGCGGUUCAUUGUAAUAUGGGAUCAGAUCGUAGCUCGAUAUUUGUCGGAUUAAGUAUCUUGGUCCAACAAUUAAGGAUUGAACGUCGGGUUGAUGUUUUUAUAGUCGCUAGGAAGUUAAGAUCGCAACGACAGGCGAUGAUUAAUACAUUCGGUCAAUAUGAAUUUUUAUAUCGUGCCAUACUGAACUAUUCCGAACUACACGGUCUGUGUGAGACAUAAUUCCGGGUGUAGUUGGAUUAUUUAAUAAGACAUUCCCAUGAAAAGUAUCGCAAUUGUGUGUAACGCUAUAACUAGAUCAUUUUUGUAUUUGCUUUAAAUGUUCGGAUAUCGUUUUUUGUACUCGUACCAAAUUCCUCCCCCCUGAUUAUUUUUGUUAUUAUUAUUAUUUCUAAUUUGCAGUACAUGUGAUAUUUACAUUUUAUUUUCGAUGUAGUUGGUCGUAUACUAUUUUGUUCGGCACAAUGUUUCAUGACCUUACUAGAUUAGUAACAUUUUUAUCGCUACCA